AUGUUUUAUAAACGUGCCGUUCAGGGAAUAUUCAGAGACAAACUUGAGCUGGACAUACAGACUGGAUCUCUGACCAUUACAAACGUCACACCUGAACAUACUGGAUAUUAUGUACUCAUGGUAUCAAGUGAGGAUGUGCGCUUGUCUGUCAAACUUACAGUGACCAGUGUGUUUGGUGAUACAGUGUCAGUGACGGAGGGAGAUUCUGUCACUCUACACACUGGUCUUACCGACAUACAGAGAGAUGAUGUGAUCGAGUGGACUUUUGGAGAUGAACAGGUUCUCAUAGCUGUUAUUAACAGGGCAGCUAAUAAGAUCUCAUUAUCUGAUGGCUCAAAUGGCAGAUUUAAUGGCAGCCUGAAGCUGAAUGACCAGAAUGGAGAUCUCACCAUCACCAACUUGAGAUCUGAACACACUGGAGUUUAUCAUCUAGACAUCACCAGAGAGAAGACAACAACAAAGACAUUCAGCGUUGGUGUGUUUGGUGAUACAGGAGGAGUGAAACAGGUGUCAGUGUUGGAGGGCGAUUCUGUUACUCUACACACUGAUCUUACUGACAUACAGAGAGAUGCUGUGAUACUGUGGGUUUCUGAACGUGAAAAGACCGUCGUAGCUCAAAUCAAUAGAGCCGCCCAAAUCUUCUCUGUUAAUUACACUCGUGAUAAUAGAAGUGUAUCAAAAAUGCAACUGGAUCAUCAGAAUGGAGACCUCACAUUCAGAAACAUCAGAGCUAGAAUGUCAGGGCUUUAUCAAGUUCACAUCAUCAGCAGUACUCACACUUUACUCAAGAGGUUCAACAUCACUGCCUCUGACAGAGUUAAGACCGUGUCAGUGAUGAAGGGAGACUCUGUUUCUCUACACAAUGAUCUUACUGAUGUGCAGAAAGAUGAGGUGUUAUUUUGGAGUUCUGACAUUUCCAUAGCAGAAAUAGACAAAACGACACAGAACGUCCUCACAUAUGAUGAUGCUGAUAGGCGAUUCAAGAACAGAAUGCAGAUAAACAAUCAGACCGGAUCUCUCACCAUCCAAAACAUCAGCAUCACAGACUCUGGAUUGUAUAAUCUUGAGAUCAUUGGCAGCAGAUACACCUUACUCACAACUUUCAUCAUUACUGUCUGUGAUGCGCUGAGGACAGUAGAAGUGAAUAAGGGAGAACCUGUUAUUCUCAAUGCUGGCGUUGGUUCACAAAAAUAUAAUCAACUACUGUGGAAAUUUGAAGAUGAACGCACUUUCUUAGCUCAACUUGACAAAACAGGCCAGAUCAAAUUGACAAAUCAUGAGGGAUUCAAAGACAGAAUGAAUUUAGAUCACCAGACUGGAGAUCUGACCAUUAGAUACGUAGGAACCGAACACUCUGGAGUUUAUCAUCUAGAGAUCAACAGUAACAGACAUUCCUUAUUCAAGAAAUUUAAACUUACUGUCCAUGCACGACAUUACUUGGCUAUAUGUGCUGCUGUCAUUCCACCGCUGCUGCUGAUUUUGGCCCUGCUUAUUUAUAAACUACGUCAAGGAAAGAAGCAAACUUCAAAGAGGCGGAAAAUGUCACCGAAUCAAGAUUGCACAGCACCAGUGGAGCAGAUGGAUCUUUCACAUUCACAAUAGUGCCUGGUGUGCCGACGUUCUCUGAUAUUACUAAAAUCUCAAGUCACGCAAGACCCAAUGUGCCUACUCAGAGUAGUAACUGUACCAAAACUUUGUUUCACAAAUUUUUCUUUGUUUUCCCCAAACGUUUAUUUGCUGAAUUUAAAGGAAGCUGAGACUGAUUCAACAAACAAUAUGCAAUAUUGUGUGUUAAAUAUGGUAAAAAAUUCAAGAUUUGCAUGGAUAUUACAGAUAAACAUCAUUAUAAGCAAUUCAGUUCUUUGUUGAAGAUCUGUUUCUAGUCGUGUGUUAGGUCAAUUGCAGCAUUUUACAUCUGUUUGGAUUGUCUUUUACUAACUGGUUUAAACAUCAACAUACAAAUCUCAUGUUAAAAGUAACUUCAGACAUAGGAGUUAGUAUUUUUCGAUACUAACUUUAGUUUUGGGACUUUUUGGUGAAAUGUUCCUCGUUAUUUAAAAAAUAUAGUUGAUCUGAAAGUGUAUGCUUAAAUGUCUGAAAUUACGUUAGGAGCCAAAAAUGUAAUUUUGCAAACAAACAAGCUUUUUUCAUGACAAAACGAACAUUUUAUUUAACACAAAAAUAUGCCCAUAUUACCCCAAUGCUUAGAUUGUUACAGUAGUUGCCGGUCUGUCAGAGAAUAA